GUGUUCCGCGGGCUCCUCGGUACCGCUACCAAUGCCUUGUGGACCUUCUUCUUGUUCACCAAGUCCGAUUUCAAGACAAUCAUGCUACCGAUAGUGGCUUCGGUCCUUGCCACCUGUCCAGAUCUGCGCAUAGAGAACCUCGCUUUCUCUAUGUUUUGGACAUGGCUACAUUUGCUGCAAUUCUGCACGUCUAAUCAGACGCUCAGCGUCGACGAGGACGCAGCGAACAAGUCCUGGCGUCCAGUACCUUCCGGCAGGAUCUCGCUCGCAAGCGCGAAGGCGCUGCGCUGGUGGACGGUACCCCUCUGUCUUCUCCUUUCCCAUCAGAAAGGCGCCCUCCUCCCGAGUAUGUCGUUGACUGUAAUGACGCUCAUGCACAAUGAACUCGGAUGGCAUUCUGGAUGGUUCGGGAGAAACCUAUGUUGUGCUCUCGGAUACAUGGCCUUUGAGUGGGGCGCAAUUUCCUUAGCCUCGUCUUCUGGGCUUCAGGAUCAAUCGAACGUUAUUUACGCCAUCGGACUCUCGGGUGUCCUCUUAAUGACCACUGUUCACACACAAGAUUUCAAGGACGUCGUGGGAGACCGAAUUCAUAAUCGCAAGACUCUUCCCAUUGUUAUGCCAAAAGCCUCACGUAUAUUCAUCUUGGUGGCAAUGACGGCUUGGUCGCUUUUCUUACCGACGUUGUGGGGAGUUCACCCACUAGUGGCGAUCCUUUUCGCUGCCUUGGGUUUCCUUAUAGGCGUGCUAUGCUACGCAUUUCGAUCAGUGAAGGCAGACCAGAUCAUGUAUCUUGUUUACAAC